AUGCAGCUCCGCAACGGACGCGUCAUCGGCCCCACUCCGCAGGAGACUCUAUCUAUGUCAGUCAACAGAAUGCCCAGCGGGACCCCCGCCCAUCAUCGCCACGCGACUCCUAAGCCCACCGUGGCAGAGCGGCCAUACGGGCACAAAGAGGUGCCCACACAAGCGAUUCCUCUGCCCAAUGCUGCACCAGCAGAAUGGCCCUUUACCUCGUGGGAACAAUUCCAUACGGCUAUGAGUGCGCUAAAGGCCGUUAUGGGGGGGACCACGGAACCCGGCGAUAGGACUCUCAUCCCGCCAGAAGACGGCAGCACAAUGCAGGCCUUUCUGCUGCGCAUCGAGCGCCGGUA